CAAUGUUAGCUCAGCUUUGCAUCCAAAGUAGAUAUGAUGACGACUAAUCUUAACGUAAGGACCGUUUGUGUUCCUAAUUGUACUUAUAAGCAAGUUUUGGGUGCCAAUUGAACUCUUUCAGCAUCAUUCACCAAGUUUAUUACACUUUGCAACUUUAUUACAAAACGGGUUGUUAUGUGCAUUUUACUUUGUAAUAAGACUCUCAACCCGUUUUGUAAUAAUUAUUACACUUUGAAACGAUUCCAAUGUUAGGUCAACUUUGCAUCCAAAGUAGAUAUGAUGACGACUAAUCUUAACGUAAGGACCGUUUGUGUUCCUAAUUGUACUUAUAAGCAAGUUUUGGGUGCCAAUUGAACUCUUUCAGCAUCAUUCACCAAGUUUAUUACACUUUGCAACUUUAUUACAAAACGGGUUGUUAUGUGCAUUUCACUUUGUAAUACGACUCUCAACCCGUUUUGUAAUAAGUAUUACACUUUGAAACGAUUCCAAUGUUGGGUCAACUUUGCAUUCAAAGUAGAUAUGAUGACGACCAAUCUUAACGUAAAUACUGUUUGUGUUCCUAAUUGAACUUAUCAGCAAGUUAUGGCUGCCAAUUGAACACUUUCAGCAUCAUUCACCAAGUUUAUUACACUUUGCAACUUUAUUAUAAAACGGGUUGCUAUGUGCAUUUCACUUUGUAAUACGACUCUCAACCCGUUUUGUAAUAAUUAUUACACUUUGCAACUUUAUUACAAAACGAGUUGGAACAGAGCAUAACCGACCAAUGUAUCAUCAGCUGACUCGUAAAAAAAUAUAUGAUGGAUUCUAAAAACAUGCGUGUGUUAUGACCUCAUUUAUGAUGAAGCUGAAUACACAUGCUUAAUUUAUUCAUAAACAAAUGUAAAAGGAAAGCUACAUUUAGGGGAUUAUGAAUUGCAGAAACCCAAGGUCUUUGAAAGUCAGCAUAUGACUUCUGCAAAUGGCAAUUCCCUGAAAAAAGCGUUAUCUCUAACAUAGUUAAAAUGUCCUUUGCAUCGUGUCCUUAAAUAAUCAAAUAAAAUUGAACAACAAAUUCAACCAAUAUAUCAUCAGCUGACUAGUGAAGUGUCAUGGUCGUUUACAUUAUAUGCAAAUAAGAGUCUCACAAGUUCCUUUUUAUUGCUGUCACAAGGUCUCAAGCAAACACUAUACAGCAAAGGUCUGCAAUCUGACUCGUCCAAGCCUGGAGAUUGGAUCGGGAAAAGCUGUCCGUGUGCAAGCAACACCGACUGCCUCACCGCGGCUCCCGCCAGCAGACGCAAAACUCCACUCUGCCUGCUUAUCCGGGGACCUAUCAGCUGUGCGACGCAUCUUGUCUGUGGGUCAGGCGGACAUUAACUGCAGGCAGAAUAGUAGAACACCGGUGAUGAAUGCAGCAAUAAAGGGAUUUAGAGAAGUGGUAGAGUUACUCGUGACUUACGAAGCUGAUGUGUCACUCGUGGAUAAGAACGGUGACAACAUCCUUCACUUGGCCUGCUGGAGGGGUGAAAUGGAGGUGGUGAAUUAUGUCCUGUCUCAAUGCUUGGUGAACAUCGACGCUAGAGGAUGGAUGAAGCAGACAGCAGUGAUGAGGGCAGCACGAAAUAGGCACAGAGAAGUGAUGAGGUUACUAGUGAGUAAGGGAGCUAAUGUGUCACUCGUGGAUAAUAGCGGUAACAACAUCCUUCACAUGGUUUGCUUGCAAAGAGAUUUGGAGGCGGUGAAGUAUGUGCUCUCACAGGACAUGGUGGGUGUUAACGAUAGAGGAUGGUACGAGAGGACACCGGUGAUGAGGGCAGCUGAGAAGGGAUAUAAAGGGGUGGUAGAGCUACUCGUGCAUAAAGGAGCUAAUGUGACGCUAGUGGAUAAAGACGGUAAUAACAUCCUUCACUUAGCCUGUCAGAAAACCAAUGUGGAGAUGGUGAAGUAUGUCCUCUCACAGGACAUGGUGGACGUAGACGCCAGGAACAACAAAGGACAGAAUGCAGUCAUGAUAGUGAAAUCCUUGAAAUGGCUUGACGUGCUUGAUCUUCUUGUGUCCCAUGGCGCUCACGCGCAGUAGGUGAGAUGUUUGUGGUCAUGAUUAAGGUUAGAUGAUUUCUUCAUGUUUAAAGAGAAAUGAAAUAUGUCAAAAUUACAUUUGGUUACUCUCUCAUUUCAAAUAAAAGCGGCUCUGCUCGAUGAGGUAGAAAGAUUGAUGAUUAAAUUAUAUAAGAAGAGAUUUAUAACAUAUCAUAAUAACAUUCUUCUUUAAUUGUCAGACAUAAACAUUUGGAAAAGUAAACUAGAAUCACAAAAGUAUUAGUUUACCAAUCAGAGCACCCUGUAACCUCUAAAUCAGAGUUCCGGCGAGCUGGUGUUAAACGCUGAUAAUUAUAAUCUUGGGAGUAAUAAAUACCUGUCACUCUCUGUAAGAAGAUACACAUUAGUCAUAUAGCUAUAGUUCUAUUGCGUGUCGCAUAAGAAGAAACUGGCUCCUAGGCGCCAGUUGCCCAAUACAUGAAUACUUGCUCCGAGCGCUUGGAAAUGCAGCAGAUUUACAUGCAAUGCAGGGGAUGCUGUCUGAUGAUGGGGGGGCUACAAUGCCUGGACAUCCGAGCGGACAUCAGCAUAUGUACAUCCAACUGUCGUUCCCGAUACUGAAUUGUAUAGAGCUAUUAUCAGUUACGGAUUACUUGUAUAGUAACCCAUCCUGAAAACUUGAAAUUAAAUUUUACAAAUAUGGAAUUUCUUA